AUGCCAUCAACGAACGCCGACCGCAACAAUCUUCUCCGCGACCGCGCCCACGCCUUCUGCAAAGCCCUACACGCGCCGCCAGCACCGCGCGAGCUGCUCUCCCAAUUCUUCGUCGACCCUUCUGCCUCGCACGGCGCCAAACCCACCAUCUUGGAGCACGGUCCCCACUGGGCCGCGUCCACGCGUCUUCCUUUCCUCGGCAAGCCGUUUGUCGGCGUCGAGGGCUGCGAGAAGUACUUCGAGACGCUCGGGCAGACGCUGAAGAUGCACCUGGAUGAACACAGCUUUCCUGGCGUCGAAGGGUUCGUGGUGGACCUGGAGGCCGACGCCGUGGCCGGCGGGAGGGUGCUGUGCGCGACUGGCCAUGCCACCGAGAAGCACCACCAUCUGUGGGAGCCGGUGAAGAAGGUUGCCGGUGGCCUGCUUUGGCAUGGAAGCGGGAACAGCGAGAACCCGAACCAUGGGCUGAAGGGAACGGUGACGGUGGUGGGUAAGGGCACGUUCGAAAGCGUGAAGACCGGGAGGAAGUGGGACGAACAGUUUGUGUAUGUGCUGGGCGGCUGGGACGAGGAGGGCAGGUUUGAGAGGUGGGAGAUCUGGGCGGAUCCGUUGAGCGCCUGGGUCGCGGUUGGUGAAGGCGAGGUCGAAGGGUGGGCGAAGGGAGAAUUUGCGAAAGGCGAGAGCGUAAAGGAGUUGUAG